AAAUCGAUUUUUUUUUGGAGGGGGGGGGGGCAUGCUUCUCCUUCAAUUUCACCCUCGCUCGACUAUGUGGUAACUCCACUCAUUCGAUUCUUCAUUUUCAGAGUGGUCUGCUUCUGUGGUCCAAAGAACGUUACUAAAGGAGGGAUGCACGUCGUUUGAACAAGUCAAUUGAAUCUACAGCUUCAUUGUGAAGCUUGACAGUGAAGGGAGCCAGCUGCACGUUUGAUUGUCCUCUAAAUUUACAACGUCUGCGUCGACAUAUUUAGUCUGUUUUUGUCCAGCCAGCGAGGAAGUAGCCUUAAAAAGGAGUAGCCUACGACGGUCCCUGAAAGAAUUUGGGGAAACGCUGCGAAGCGUGCCUCGACUUUCUUACGAUCUGUGAGGUUGUUGACAAGACGUUGGUUCCACUCCGGUUUCAGUGUGUUUGUGAUCCGGUGAGUGAGACCGUUGCCGGGCCUACAAGGGAUGAAACCGGAUGGGGUUGCCAUGGAGCCCACAGAAGCUGUAGGAGCCGAACCCUCGGCCCAGGGGAUGGCCACCAACGAGAUGCCCGCCCAGCCAGCCCCUUCAACUUCCCCAUCCCCUCCAUCACAGCCCGAAGACACCCAAAACAGCACAGCGCAGCCUGAAAACCCUACAGCGCCCCCUGUGUCCAAGGAGGUCAAUGGCAAGGCAGCAGCUAAACCCAAGGCUAAGACCGUGGGCUUGGCUAAACAGCGGCCAGGCACAGCUGGAACCAAGGCCACAGUGGGUCCGGCGUCAGGACCCAGCACUUCUCGUCCGGGCAUGGCCCCAAGCCACAUGGCCAAUGGCUUAAAGUCCACAGCUAGUGACCUGGCCAAGAAAGCAGCUUUGGACAAAAAGAAGACCACCAUCGCAGCCGGAGCAUCGGCGUCAGCUGCAGCCACGAAGAGGUACGUGGGGCCGGCCACCGCUUCCACUGUCAGGACCCAAACUAAGGUGGCUGACAGGAAGGCUGUCGGAGUCCCCAGGUCCACCUCUGCUACCAGGACUGCGGCGAUGGGUCCUGGCACUCCAACGAGGAGACCUCCUGCUGCUGGUCCCAUUAAUGGGGCCGGGGCCAGACCCAAAACCACAGCUUCCAGACUUGCAGCCUCAGCUGCCCCCAAGCCUUCCAGCACUGCAGUCACGGCCAAACCCAAUAGGACGACGGUUUCCAAGACAACCAGGCCUGCCACUGGUCACACUGGCCUGUUGAUGGGCACUUCCAAGCCAGCCGCUGCCAGCUCCAGCAGACCUGCAGCUUCCAGAGUCGGCACCACAGCCCCCUCUACUGGCAGGACUACCACAGUGCAGGCACCCAAACCUACAGGCCCUGCCAAGAAAGAUGUCAGCAGACCAGCAACCACUGCCGCAGCCAGAAAGCCGGCAACAUCCGCCACUACCAAACCGACCAAACCUGACCCCCCUAAAGCGACUGCAGCCUCCAGACCCGAGCCUGCCUCCAAAAGGGCCCAUCCCACCAAGGCGACAGACACCAAGCCAGCCCGCCCUACAUCACAGGACCCAAAGCCCCUGCCCACACGUAAAGCCCCUCCCACCACACGGCCCCCUGCCACCCGACAGCCCCAGGGCAAGACCCCCCUGCCUCCCCCAGCAACAAGCCCGUGGGCAGCACCGCCCCCCAGUUGGUCAAACAAGCCUCCAAACCAACCCAGUCUGUCCUGCCCUUCACUGCCAGACCUGGAGCUCCCAAGUCUGCAGCUGCAGGAGUGGCUGCAGCAGUGGCUGCUGCUGCUGCAGCAGCAGCUGUGGCAACAGUUGCCGCAGCAGAGCCAGAAGUUGGCGCUUCAGAAGUCCCAGCACCAGUGUCUGCGUUUUCACCAGCAGUGGCCCUAG